AUGCAAGUCUCAACCUUCCUCCUUUUCCUCACUAGCUUGCUACUCUCACUAGUAGCUGCUGGAGGAAACCCCGCAACAUUCUGGUCAGACUACCCCGCCUGCGAGGAUAAUUGCCAUCAAUCAGUAUGGGCAUCGCAGUCAUGUACUCUCUCCAACUCCUGCUCCUGUUCUGGCUGUCUCUGUCUCGCUGAUUCCUGUCUUUGCGAAACUGCUUCUUGGCUCACAGCUGUUGCGCAAUGUAUAGGGGCGCAGUGUGGAUCUUCGGGCGUCAUCAAUGCUGCGGGUAUUGCUUCGAGCGCUUGUGAGGGUGCUGGGUUUCUUUUGGUGCUUCCUUCUGCUAGUCUUGUCAGUAUUGGAAUGGCUGCUUUGCCAGCGGCUACUACGCAAGGAAGUACUGCAAAAAGUACUACAGGAAGUGGGACAGGAGGGAGCGUGGUUCAGGGUGACGCGACACCUACUGUGACAAGUACAGCCCCCUCGCAAGCUGGAUCUACACAGGUGACAACCACAGCUGUUUCGACCACAGUUGGCUUGCAAACCAACCCUUCUACAACACACCACCUGUCUUCGGGAACGACACUUCCAUCUACCUCUUCGGACCUUUCUUCUGGAGCAAAAGCAGGGAUUGGCAUUGGAGCUGCUCUAGCUGUUGGCAUCAUAAUUGCUCUGCUAGCAUUUAUAUUCUACCAGCGUCGGCGACACUCCAACAAUGACGUGAGACCCGAAAGGAGAGCUGCAUCUUUGGGCACGUUCGAGUUAAGCGACACAGGAAAACCGAUCUCGGGCACAAAAAGGAAACCCAUCGCCACAGAAAGAACAAGACCAUCCGAACUACAAGGCGGUAGCAGCCUCUCUUCAAAGACAGAAACAGCUACAUUCCCAGAAGGGGAGAGGCUGUUGAACGUAGCCGAGAUGCAAGCACCCUUAACGGUAGAUGAGAAACAGGAGCUGCAGCGUAGAAGGAGAGCAGCUGAACUGAGUGUCACUGGACCUGAUAUCCCGGUUGCAACUGGAUUUGGUGAGAGGAAUGAGUUAGAAGCCAGGAGGAGGGUUUACGAGAUGGCUUGA